AUGGAGUUUGAACAACUUCAUUUGAAGACAGUGGAACUGCUGGCAGCCAAGGCUGCUGCUUAUGGGUUACCGGCUGAAACUGAUGAUUAUGCUGAUAAGGAGGAAGUGGCGUGCGUAACCGGUGACUCAGUACUGGCUAGUGCACUAUGUUCUACUGUUCGAGAGGCUCGAAACAUGGAAUUGCCACUUGUGGAGAAACAGGAAGCACCAGAGGUUGUAGCUCUCCGCGCAAAUAUGCAACGAUUACGGCUCCUCAAAGAGCGAAUGAGCGUUUGCACCAAGACAAUGGCAGAACUGCGUGCAUCGUACGCUAGUGUAACAGCUCGCACAUCAAGCCUUCACGAUGCCUGCGACCGAGCGUUAGCGUACCAAACAGCACUGGCAGCAGGGGCCGAGCAGAUUCGUACAAAUUUGCAUUUUUUCAAGCAGGCCGAUAUCAUUAUGAAGAAGUUGAACAAUACAACGAAAAUUUCCGUCACUGGUCAAAUG